GUUUAACCAUCGAUUUGACACAUACUGCGUGAUUAAAAUAUAACGUUACAUGCGGAACAUUACCGUUAGUUUUUGAAUUGCUUUGGUUUAAAGGCUGGGUUAAGCAGGACUGUGAAGCUACUGGCGAGGUAAAACAAGGCUACAGAUGCCUAGUGUCACGGUGAAAGAUGUCGACCAGCAGGAGUUUGUCAGGGCUCUGUCUGCUUUCCUGAAAAAGUCUGGCAAACUGAAAGUCCCAGAAUGGGUUGACACUGUGAAGCUCGCCAGGCACAAGGAGCUGGCUCCCUGCGAUGACAACUGGUUUUACACCAGAGCAGCAUCCACAGCUCGUCACCUAUACCUGCGAGGAGGGGUCGGCGUGGGCUCCAUGAUCAAGGUCUACGGAGGGCGUCAGAGGAAUGGUGUAUGCCCCGCCCACUUCAGCGUGGGCUCCAGGAACGUGGCGAGGAAGGUCCUCCAAGCUCUGGAGGGCCUCAAGAUGGCAGAGAAGGACCCAAAUGGUGGACGGAGACUCACAUCUCAGGGCCAGAGAGAUCUGGAUCGGAUCGCUGGUCAGGUUGCCUCGGCAAACAAGAAACAGCGGAGUUUACAAAGCGCCAUCUGAGGAAUGCAUGCAAAGAAUCCAGACACGUGAAAUGCAGAAAUGCCUUACUGCUUAUUUACUCGAGUUUGCUUGUCUCCCAUAUCACUCCAGUGCCCACAGUAGCCGAGUGCUAAAGGCAGUUCAUAGAGAUGCAUGUGUCUAUGGUAAAAUAAGUAUAAAUUAAUUAUAAUACAUGGAUGUUUUGCAACAGUUUUUUAUUUAAAAUUCAUUAUGAAUUUUAAGACAGCACUGGCCUUGUGACAGCAAAACAGAAUGAACACAGAAGCACCAACAAUACAGUAUUACCAAGCAAGAGCAUGCUAAUAUUGUUUUGCCAACAAUCGUAAAAGUCAAUGUGGUAAAACCAAACAAAUGCAAUGGAUACUAAUGGAUAUUUUAUUCAUUUAUCCAAUUCUUUCUCUUAACUGUUGGUUACAGAAUAUUAUGCCUAAACAUGUUAUUUAUGAGAUGUACUGUAUAUGAAUGACUCAAUAAUACAGGUGUUCCAAAUAAACACAAUAUGGGCACUGA